AUGCAAUUAAGAUGCUGGCGGCGGUCCCCGAAUAUCUGUGUAAUAGGAAUUCUGGACCCCUCUUUAUCUAAGGUUCUUUAUCGCCAAAAGCCCGACUACCGAGUAGAUAUACUAACUUAUCUGCCAGCUGGGUAGCUUCGUGCCGCUGCAACCAACCUGAAACUUUUUUGAAGCAACCACCUCUGUGUACCAACAUUCAAUUCAAUGGCUGAGAAACCGACAACAGCUUCUGCACCCACGCAGUGCGUCGGCCCGACAUUCAAGGGCAUUGACGAGAAGCCGAGUGCCACUGUAUCUGCUGUGGUGCCGUUCGAUAACGUCUAUGUCUUGCCGCAAACCCCCCAGUUGAUUGCCCUUCUGUCCAUGAUAAGAAACAAGGACACCGAGCGAGCAGAUUUCAUCUUUUAUUCGAACAGAAUUAUCCGGUUGCUAGUAGAAGAAGGCCUGAACCAUCUGCCCGUCAUUGAGCGAAGCAUCACUACCCCUGUCGGUCGCACCUAUAAUGGUCUUAUGUUCCAGGGCAAGAUAUGUGGUGUCUCGAUUAUGCGAGCUGGAGAAGCGAUGGAGCAAGGACUACGAGACUGCUGCCGCUCUGUAAGAAUUGGAAAGAUAUUGAUUCAGCGGGAUGAAGACACAUCGCAGCCCAAACUUUUCUAUGAUAAGCUCCCUGAAGAUAUUGCGAACCGAUGGGUUCUUCUGCUAGACCCUAUGUUUGCCACAGGUAACCGCUCUCUAUUGACUUGUUCCUCGUCAUCUCGAUUGAUAUGGCGAUCUGCGCCGAUGACUAACAACGUAAAGGUGGCUCCGCUACAAUGGCCGUCGAAGUCCUCAAAGGCCGAGGGGUGCCUGAAGAGCGCAUUCUAUUCCUCAAUUUGAUUGCCAG